GCCUUCUCCACGAGCGCGUACAUCCACGCUCCGGAAUAAGUCUGUCGAUCGGAGUUCCAAGAGCUCGCUUGGAGAAAGCUGCUCACACGCAAAACGAUGCUAGCCAGAUUUGCUUUCGUGCGCAGCCAAGUGCAUGGCCGGAAGAUAGUAGAUCACCGUCCCCUCUACACGCGUGCCUUCACUGGCUCGACAUCAGGAACACGCAUAUAAAGCGCCGCGUUUUUAUCAUUCCCAAGUACUCGGGACCCCACUAGCCAAUUUCUUCCUUGUCUUUCCCACCGUGUUUUCACCCUCAUCUGACCAUCGAGUUCACUGUGCACCGGGGAACAAGACGCAAGUGACACGCAACCUGCAGAUCCAGAGCGGCGGAAGCGAGGGCGGCGACCAAGAUGGCGUCUUCACGGCUCAUGGAACUAACGGAGAUCAUAUCCGCCAACACAAAAAAGAUCAAUGACUUCUUCCACGCCGAGGGCAUCCAAGGUCUGUCCUUUGACGUCAAUGCUCCCACAGACUUCCCUGUCCCUAGCUCCAACGUCGAAAUUCAGGCCGCAAGACGUGCCGUUGUCAAUGCCACUCAGGAGCUUCGUGACCUCAUGGUCGGGCCCCGGGAAACGGUACGAUGGCUUGCCUGGAGCUACAACGACAAUCUCAGUCUCCAGGCGCUUUACGAGUUUAAAAUUGCCCAGGCCGUGCCGACCGAUGGCGAUGUGUCGUACGCUGACAUUGCCGUGGCUACUGGCCUCGAUGAAACCAACGCAAAGCGACUCAUUCGCCAUGCGAUGACGAACCGCAUCUUCACCGAGCCCCGUCCUGGUUAUGUGGCCCACACAGCUGCGUCACGUGUGUUACGCGAUGAUCCCUCCAUGGUGGAUUGGGUAGGGGUCUGCUCGUCUGAGUUCUACCAGGCUUCUGCAAAGACUGUGGAGGCCCUGCGCAAGUUCCCGAAUUCGCAAGAAGCCAAUGAAGCUGGCUACGCCGAGUACUGGUGCCCAGGCAAGCCAAUGUUUGCCGUGAUGGGUGCUGAUCCUGUGCGAGCGAAGCGUUUCGGAGGUGCCAUGGUAUCACUUACUGGCGGGGAAGGGUACGAGCCACAAUACCUUGUUGAUAAUUACGAUUGGGAGGGAUUGGGAGAAGCAACUGUUGUGGACGUUGGUGGCUCCUUUGGAUUCAUUUGCGUUGCCCUAGCCAAGAAAUAUCCCAAGCUGAAAUUUGUGGUGCAAGAUCUUCCAAAAGUGGUCGCCAAUGGGCCUGAGAAGAUACCGCCUGAGUUCGCAGACCGCAUCAAGUUCGAAGCACAUGAUUUUUACACCGAGCAAACUCAAAAGGGUGCGGACGUCUUCUUCUUCCGCUGGAUCUGUCACAACCAGAGUGACAAGUAUGGCGUCAAGAUGCUGAAGGCAUUGAUUCCAGCGCUCAAACCUGGUGCUCGCAUUGUCAUCAGCGACAAUUGCCUCAAGCCCGUCGGUGAGCUCGAUAUGUGGGAUGAGAAGAUUACAAGGUCUAUGGAUUUAACGAUGCUUUCACUACUCAAUGCAAAAGAACGUGAUGUCCCUGACUGGAUUCAUCUUUUCGCGCAAGCUGAUCCUCGAUUCAAGUUCCUUGGGGCGAAAACACCGGAAGGCAGCCGCAUGUCCAUCAUGGAGGCUGUCUGGGAAGGCUGAAAUGGAUCGAUGACAAUAUCGCGCGCACUGUGUUAUCUGCGUUUAUACCCCGCGUGAGCAGGGCAAAGAAGCCCGGUAUCUUUAGAGGGACAAGUAAACGUCUGGUGAAGACUGCCAGC